AUGGCUUCCGCGGACGAGCUCAAGGCUCUAGGUAACAAGGCCAUCGCCGAGAAGAACUUCGAUGAGGCUGUCGCAAAGUUCACCGAGGCUAUUGCCAUUCAGCCCGAUAACCACAUUCUAUACAGCAACCGAUCUGCUGCUUAUGCUUCAAAGAAGGAUUGGGAAAAUGCUCUGAAGGAUGCUGAGAAGACCACCGAGAUCAAGCCUGACUGGGCCAAGGGUUGGGGACGUAAGGGUGCUGCUUUGCACGGACAGGGCGACCUCCUAGGCGCCAAUGAUGCAUAUGAGGAGGGAUUGAAGCUCGAUGCCAACAACGCCCAGCUCAAGAGUGGUUUGGCUUCAGUCAAGAAGGCCAUGGAGGCCGAAGUUGGAGGACCUCAAGAUCCUAGCGGUGGCCUCGGCCAAAUGUUCAACGACCCUCAGUUGAUCCAGAAGCUCGCCUCAAACCCCAAGACCAGCGGUUACCUCGCCGACCCCUCAUUCAUGGCCAAGCUCCAAUCGAUCAAGAGCAACCCUUCAAAUGCGACCGAGAUGUUCAGCGACCCCCGCCUGUUGACAGUCAUGGGUGUGUUGAUGGGUGUUGAUUUGGAGAUGCGCGAGCGCGAAGUCGACCCCAACGCUGAAUCUCAGGACUCUCCCAUGCCUGAUGCCCCACCAGCCCCCAAGCAGCCCGAGCCCAAGAAGGCCCCCGAGCCUGAACCUGAGCCCGAGCUGGACGAGGAGGCUCUCGAGAAGAAGAAAAAGAAGGAAGAGGCCGACAAGGAGAAGGCUCUGGGUACCGAGCACUACAAGAAGCGCAACUUUGACGAGGCUAUUGCACACUACACCAAGGCCUGGGAGACCUUCAAAGAUAUCACUUACCUAAACAACUUGGGAGCUGCUUAUUUCGAGAAGGGUGACUACGACAAGGCCAUUGAAGCCUGCACCAAGGCUGUUGAGGAGGGACGUGAGAUCUACGCUGACUUCAAGCUCAUUGCCAAGAGUUACGCCCGUAUCGGUACAUCUUAUGAGCGCAAGGGAGACUUGGAGAAGGCUAUUGAGAACUACAACAAGUCCCUUACCGAGCACCGAACUCCUGAUGUCCUCAACAAGCUUCGCUCUGCUGAGCGUGCCAAGACUGAGGCUGGUAAGAAGGCCUACAUCGACCCUGCCAAGGCUGAGGAGGCCCGUGAGGAGGGUAACAAGAAGUUCAAGGAAAUGGACUUCCCUGGCGCCGUUGCUGCCUACACAGAGAUGACCAAGCGAGCUCCUGAUGACCCUCGUGGUUACAGCAACCGAGCUGCUGCCUUUGUCAAGCUCUUCGAGUUCCCUAGUGCUCUCGAGGACUGUGACACGGCUAUCAAGAAGGACCCUACCUUCAUCCGAGCUUACAUCCGCAAGGCCCAGGCCUACUUCGGCAUGCGCAAGUACUCAGAAUGUGUGGACGCCUGCACUGAGGCCCAGCGCGUUGACCAGGAGUACCACAACGGUGCCAAUGCUCGCGAGAUCGAGCAACAGCAACAGAAGGCUCUCUCGGCCAUGUACUCUGCCCGUGAUAAUGAGACGGAAGAGCAGACCCGAGAGCGUUUGAUGAAGGAUCCCGAGAUCAUGGGACUCAUGCAAGACCCCGUGAUGCAAUCGAUCCUCCAGCAGGCCCAGUCGGAUCCCGCUGCUCUCCAGGAGCAUAUGAGAAACCCUGGUGUGCGGUCCAAGAUCCAGAAGCUGAUCGCUGCUGGCGUUAUCCGGGUGGGUAGGUAA